UUCCCGCCACGUCAAAAUAUGGUUUUAUUUCAGCUCCGGAUUUUGACGGGAAAUAACUCGAAAACUACUUAUCACAGGACAUUUAACAGAAUUAAAAUUUUGAAACUGAUCAUUGAAUUAUUUUGCGACAUUAAUCAUUUUUGACAGUUUUAAAUCCCAAACCUCCACCAUGAGCCACUCCAUGAGUAUCCCCCCAGACCCUGAGGAGCAACUUAUUGACUUUAACAUGUCUCCGAUCAAGAAAGAGCAAAUGAAGCGGCACAAAAAACGCGUCCUUCAGCAAAAACUUCGUGACGAACUUCCGGUUCUCACCCUUCAAGAAAUCAGGCGUUUUCGCUUGCCCUACCACGAAGCCCUUCUGGCAGAACUCACCGAAAGUGGUUACACAAGUACGGCAGAAUUUAUUAAACAGCUCUUGGAUUUACAAGAGAAAACUCGGAAGAAAGCCGGUCCUGGCACCCACAUUUGGCUAAGACCCCAACUUAUAAAUUCCAAGCAAAACUUGGAUUUAUUAACUCAGUAUUUGACAAAGGCCGAGAGGGCUCACAAUGCUGAGGAUUUUGCCACAGAAUGGGAACAGAUGCUUCAUUUGGCGGCCCAUUAUGCUUUCGGACCGGAUGAUUGGUGGUGGCUGGGGGAGCAACUCUUGUAUCAGUGUGUUUCGAUGGAAUAUCCCGGAGAUUUUCAAAAGCAAGAAGCUAUAGCUUAUUUCAUAAUCGGAAAAUAUUUAGUCGAAAAUGGCAAAAAGGCAGAAGCUGGGAAAAAUUACCUAGAUUUGGCAAGAGAGAUGUCACAAGGCAAGUCUUGGAACUGUACCAAGAUACUAAAUAAAAAGCAAGACAUAGUCUUUAUUGAGUCUUGCCGUCUCCUUUACAAAUCUUUAAUGGAAGAAGCACAAAUUUUGAUGAAAACAGACCCGGCCAGAGCGUCCGAAAUUUGUAACAUCGCGCGAAAAAGAGCUUCUGAAGCUUGCGAACAUAAAUGGGAAUACACAGCUUUGAUUAUUAGGGGACGUUGCGAAGUCUUACUAAAAAGGACCUCGGACGCUAUUGCUACAAUUACAAAAGCCUUGAAUAGGGCUGUCCGCCGCAAAGACGUGUCCGGUAUUUGCGACGCCAAAAUUUCAAUGGCACUUGCGUAUUUACAACACGGUAAGGCAUUCGAGUCGCUCGAAUGUCUCAAAGAGUUGAAACAAUUGGCCGAAGACCACGAUCUGCAAUUUUAUACGGCCCAAGCAUACCGAUACAUGGGGGAGUAUUAUCUAAAUCAGGAGCAGCCCUACGAAGCCACUCCUCUUUUAAUGCUGGCUUUUUAUAUUUUUAAUGAUAUUAAAGAUUUGGAACGGAGGGAGAAAGUCCGAACUUGGGCGGCUAUUUCAGCCGGUGAAGAACUUUUUCCGGCUUUCAUUCGUUUGAUUAAAAAGUGUGACGGUGACGAAGGUCACGAAAAUAUUAUGAAACUGAUCAAGUGGAUCGACGAGAAGGAGUUUUUCUGGACGCAACAGAGCAAGUUUUCUUUUUCUUAUACAUCAUUACAACAAAGCGUAUUGGAGUUUAGUAUGGACGAGGAAGUACUAUAAAAAAUGAUCUAAUAUUGUUACAAUGAGUCAUUUAUUUCAAAUAAACUAACAGGCUUUUUUAACUUUUAACAU